AUUUCAGAGACUUGUUCUGCUUUUACUCAACAUGCCUGAACCUUCCAAAUCCGCGCCCGCCCCGAAGAAGGGCUCCAAGAAAGCGGUGACCAAGGCGCAGAAGAAGGACGGCAAGAAGCGCAAGCGCAGCCGCAAGGAGAGCUAUUCCAUCUACGUGUACAAGGUGCUGAAGCAGGUCCACCCCGACACGGGCAUCUCGUCCAAGGCCAUGGGCAUCAUGAACUCGUUCGUCAACGACAUCUUCGAGCGCAUCGCCGGCGAGGCGUCCCGCCUGGCGCAUUACAACAAGCGCUCGACCAUCACGUCGCGGGAGAUCCAGACGGCAGUGCGCCUGCUGCUGCCCGGGGAGCUGGCCAAGCACGCCGUGUCCGAGGGCACCAAGGCCGUCACCAAGUACACCAGCGCCAAGUAAGCAAGCAGCAAAUUGGCAGUAAAGGCACAAUAAAACGGCUCUUUUAAGAGCCACCCAUACCUUCACAGAAAAAGCUGGUGCUUGUUUUUGUCCUUGGUAACGCUUAUACCUUACUGGACCCUUCGUUAUUAAUAGAAAACCUUUACGAGGCAAAGUUACUUGUUCCCAGCUUUGCAUCGUGUAACUGGUUGCUGCAAAAAUAUAAAGUAGGUCUAAUGUUUAAUGUUUCUACAACCUGGAGGAAAUAAUGGCCCUGUGCUUUCAUCAGGGAUCUCCCCACACUUUAAAAAUAGCCUGUCGCUUAAGUACCGAAUUGAAAAUGGGCAAGAUACGACAAAAUGUAACUUAUCAAGGGCUCAUGAGGGAGGGGAAA